AUAGGACGGGCCUGCGCGGCCGCCGUAAUCGCAAAUUCUUCUGCGCCGGAAGACCUGCAGCCCCGCUUCCUGGUUCAUACACAGCCUUCGUUUCCUCUCUACCUGGAACACGGCUUUGCGCAUGCAGCUGCUGCAGUCUUCCUAGAAUCACUGGCCACAUCUCCUGUUUUCCGAUUCUGUCCUGACCUUACCUGUAUCCUCGACCUAGUGCUGUGCACUUCAUUUCCGCCACCACCCCACGAUACUUCCGGAAUCCCCGAGGCGACCCGUUGCUAUGGCGACUUUAUACACAGCCCGGCAGCAGCUCUUGGCGUGUCCAGAUCGCGUGCAGAGCUUGGGUCUCUGCAGUCGGCAGCGGUCGCACUGGGCGAGUGCCGCUGCCUCGGGAGCGGUGAGCAGGGGCCGCGCGACAGUGGGAUUAGGGAGAAGGGAGGCCCGAUGAGGUUGUGCGUCCUGGCCGCUGGCAGUGGCUGAAUUCCCAGCACCACUCUAUCCCGGAGUUCCCGGCUUGGCUUGCUAGUUUGUGAAACUCUGGCAGAGGAAGGCACGCGGCUUCAGAGGGUCCUUUUUAUUCUGGCAGCGAUUUAGGACCUUCGGGGCUAAUAUUCCCUGGUUCCGUGAGGAUCCCACGUCGUGCUCCAGACAUAGAGGGCGUGAGGCAGGGGUGCCAGGGGUCUUCUGGACUCUUCUGCACUGUUAGUUUUCAAACUGGAGUGACCUUGGGGAACAUCAGUCUGAGUCCUGCGCUUUGCAGAUGAGGAAACCGCUCCAGAGAAAGAGAGGAAUGGACCCAAGGCCCACUGCCACCCACACUCCUCAUGGGGCUCCCGCAAGUUAGGUGAGAAAAAAGAGAAAGGCUACUUUUGCCUACAUGCUGGUCUUGACUCCAGCCCAAGGCCAGGUUGAACCCUAUGUUUGGGGUUCAGAUGCUGUUGUAGCCUCUGCCCCUGGUUUGUGCAAGAGCGCCAGAAAAUAGGGACUGCCUGGGUACCAGCCAUCACACCAGAUGCUCCCUCAUCUCCUGUCAAGCCUUCGGGAGCUGUGGGUGGCAAUUCCUUUCAUUGCCACCCCUAAAACAAAUGAGGAAACAGUGAAUCUCUCAAUUUGGAGGUCUGCUGUUGGCCACUCAGAUUCACUUUAUUUCACAGGUGUUAAGGAUGGUGCUCCAAAGAGAGGGGUAUUCCUCACAAAGCUCUGAGGGAAAAGGACACUACUAAAAUGGAGUAUGUUGAGGGCCUCUAAAAUAAACCUAGAAAGCAAGUAUCCUGAAGAACAACUGAGGGGUCAGGGUACUGGAUGUGGUUUGGAAGGGGAGUCACAUCAUCUGCGCCUUGAGACUCUCUUCGUAGUGACUGAAGAUGGGCCCACACAUGGAGAUUCACCUAUCCUCUGACUUCCAGCCACGACCAUUACCACCAACCACCAUUUCUUGAGCACCUGCUAUGCACUGAGCACUGUUCUGGAUAUCGUAGGGGGAUUCAAAAGAGAUAAAAGGCACAUUCCUUGCUCUCAAGCAGCUUGUAAUUUGGGAGCUGAAAUCCACACAAAUGAAGCGGCGUAAGAAUAGUAACAAGCAGUAUUUCACUAGGAUGGGUACCAGAAAAAAGGUUCAUGCAUUUGUCCGUGUCAAACCCACUGAUGACUUUGCUCAUGAAAUGAUCAGAUAUGGAGAUGACAAUAAAAGCAUUGAUAUUCACUUAAAAAAAGAUAUCCGGAAAGGAGUUGUCAAUAACCAGCAAACAGACUGGUCAUUCAAGCUGGAUGGGGUUCUCCAUGAUGCCUCUCAGGACUUGGUGUAUGAGACAGUCGCAAAGGAUGUGGUUUCUCAAGCCCUUGAUGGCUAUAAUGGUACCAUUAUGUGUUAUGGGCAGACGGGAGCUGGCAAGACAUACACCAUGACGGGGGCCACUGAGAAUUACAAGCACCGGGGGAUCCUCCCUCGUGCUCUGCAGCAGGUUUUUAGGAUGAUCGAAGAGCGCCCCACACAUGCCAUCACUGUGCGUGUUUCCUACUUGGAAAUCUAUAAUGAGAGCCUGUUUGAUCUCCUGUCUACUCUGCCCUAUGUUGGACCUUCAGUCACACCAAUGACCAUUGUGGAAAAUCCUCAGGGGGUCUUCAUUAAGGGCUUGUCAGUCCACCUCACAAGUCAGGAGGAGGAUGCAUUCAGUCUCCUUUUUGAGGGAGAGACCAACAGGAUUAUAGCUUCCCACACGAUGAACAAAAACUCGUCCAGGUCACACUGCAUUUUCACCAUCUACAUGGAGGCGCAUUCCCGGACCUUAUCAGAUGAAAAGUAUGUUACUUCCAAAAUUAACUUGGUGGAUCUGGCAGGCUCAGAGAGGCUGGGGAAGUCUGGGUCCGAGGGUCGAGUUCUGAAGGAAGCCACCUACAUCAACAAGUCGCUGUCUUUCCUGGAGCAAGCCAUCAUUGCCCUUGGGGACCAUAAGCGGGACCACAUCCCUUUCCGACAGUGCAAACUCACUCAUGCCCUGAAGGACUCCUUAGGGGGAAACUGCAAUAUGGUCCUUGUGACAAACAUCUAUGGAGAAGCCGCCCAGUUGGAAGAAACGUUAUCCUCACUGCGAUUUGCCAGCAGGAUGAAGCUGGUCACCACUGAGCCUGCCAUCAACGAAAAGUACAAUGCUGAGCGAAUGGUCAAGAACCUGGAGAAGGAGCUAGUAUUGCUCAAGCAGGAGCUAGCCAUCCAUGACAGUCUGGCCAACCGCAACAUUGUGACCUAUGACCCCAUGGAUGAAAUCCAGAUUGCUGAGAUCAACUCCCAGGUGCGGAGGUACCUGGAAGGGACACUGGACGAAAUUGACAUAAUCAACCUCAGACAGAUCCAGGAGGUAUUCAACCAGUUCAGGGUGGUUCUGAGCCAACAGGAACAGGAAGUGGAGGCGGCCUUACGUAGGAAGUACACUCUUAUAGACAAGAAUGACUUUGCAACAAUUUCUGCUGUCCAGAAGGCAGGGCUUAUUGAUGUUAAUGGCCACCUAGUAGGUGAGCCUGAUGGACAAGGCUUUGGACUUGGAGUUGCCCCUUUCUCUACCAAACCUGGGAAGAAAUCCAAGUCCAAGAAGACAGUCAAAGAUCCGCCCAGCUCAUCAGCAAGAAAGGAAGGUGCUAGCAGCCCUGUGAGUGGCAAGGACCUAGAUAUGAUUUCUACCUCCAAGACCCAGCUAGUCCCAUCCUCUAAGGAUGGGGAUGUCAAAGACGUGCUUUCACGGGAUCGGGAAACUUCCAGCAUUGAGCCCCUUCCCUCAGACUCCCCGAAGGAAGAAUCACGCCCACUCAGGCCUACCACCCCACCCUCCAAGCUGAUGGCCUUUGAGGACUUUAAGAAUGAGCGAGGAAGUGAGAUCAACCGCAUCUUCAAAGAAAACAAGUCCAUCUUGAAUGAGCGGAGGAAAAGGGCCAGCGAGACCACACAGCGCAUCAAUGUCAUCAAGCGGGAGAUUGACGUGACCAAGGAAGCGCUAAACUUCCAGAAGUCACUAAGGGAGAAGCAAGGUGAGUAUGAGAACAAGGGGCUGAUGAUCAUUGAUGAAGAGGAAUUCUUGCUGAUCCUGAAGCUCAAAGACCUCAAGAAGCAGUAUCGAAGCGAAUACCAGGAUCUGCGUGACCUCAGGGCUGAGAUUCAGUACUGCCAACACCUGGUGGACCAGUGUCGCCACCGCCUGCUCAUGGAAUUUGAUAUCUGGUACAAUGAGUCCUUUGUCAUCCCUGAGGAUAUGCAGGUAGCACUGAAGCUGGGCAGCAGUAUCCGGCCAGGCAUGGUGCCUGUCAGCAGGAUUGUGUCUCUGGGAGAAGAUGACCAGGACAAAUUUGCUCAGCUUCAGCAGACAGUGCUACCUGAGGGACCUGAUGCCAUCUCCUUCUACAAUGCCAAAAUCAAGACAGAACAGAAGCAUAAUUACUUGAAAACCAUAAUGGGCCUCCAGCAGACACAUAAAAAGUAGUCUUGUUGCCAGUAGCUUGAAGUUCCUUCAAUUCCAACCUGCUUUAGUGGAGCUGCAAAACCAUCUUCUGAGAGCUUCAACCACUUUGCUCCAAGUCUGUGACCCACCACAGAGAACACAUAAUGGCCUGCCUACUAGGAAGGGUAUCGUCCAAAGGACAACCUGCUCAGUUCCACAGAACCCUUUGGGUUUUAAUUUACUGUCUUAUAUGCAGGAACAGGAUAAAAUUACUUUCUAGUUUGGACUUCUAAUAUUCAUUGAAGAAAUUUGUUUUAUUUCCUGUGUGAAAGGAUAUCUUCCCUCUGUACAGGUGGGCUUGGAACUGAGUGUACAGUAGGAAAGCAAAAACAUAGCUCAGCCAGUUUCCUCCUAGUGGGAUUUAUCCCUCUGGUUAGCCCCUUUCCUUUACUGGAUGGAGAUCCUGGGGCAAGCUUGACCUUGGUCUCAUAGUUCCCUUAGACCAUAAGUUCUAUAAGGGCAUCUUUUCUAUGUUGUUGAGCCAGUGGAUGCAGGGGGAGACCCUCCUUCCUUGGCAACCAGGAGAGAACCUAUUCUAGCCAGUGGUCCCAGGAAGGAAUGAGGCAGAUCUUGGUCCAUGUGACUGUAAGUGAGUGAACAGCUUCUGGGAGACAUGCCCUUGGUGUUACCAGCACAUGUGUGGGCUAGGUGUCAAGGUCUCUCUCUGUCCCCCUGUGACCCAGAUAAAUACAAGUAAAAGUGGCCAGGAUUCCUUGGAGAGAAACAGGGGUCAUCACACUGGCAGGGCUGAAUAGGAAAGAAAAGACAUUACUGUCCAGUCCAGUUCUCAGGUAUGGCUGGUGCCCCUCAUUAUAUUUCCAAAGAGUGCUUUGCUCAGAGGAAAAAUUGAGACUCAGGGAGUCUCAGGGCUUCCAGGAUGGCUGAUGCACCUCUGGGCUGGGAAAUUCUCCAUGGAAUAAGAAGUUUUAGUUUCUUGGAAUCUUUCCUCUUACAUCCACUUCUGUUCUUGUGGCUCAAGGGCUCAGCAUUGAGUAUACUCUGUGAGUGCUUCCUGAAUACCCCUUGGUGCUGCUAUGACUGGGGCCAACAAUGGGAGAGGAGGAUCUGGUCACCUGUGAGGACAUGAGAGAUAAUGUCUGGUGGGUGGUAUCUGGCUCUAGGGCCACUUUUUAUGAGGAAAGAAGGAAUGAACCGAGUCUUCUUACCUGAAAAAGAGAAAUGUGACAGCAUCCUAGGGGGUGUGCCAGGUAGAAGGGAAGCAAGGGGAUUUGAUUUGUGUGGUCCCCAAAUGUAGAAUGGAGGCAUAGGAGCAGACAUUUCACCAAAAGGUAGAAAUGGCUGAAAGGCAGAUUGUCAUCUCAAGAAGAGGCUUAAAGUGACAGCAGUCCUGGCAUGACGUGAAAGCCCACAGUAGUGGGCUAUCUGGCAAGGGGGCUGUUUGUGGUGGGAGGUUCAGCUGAAUGGCAUCUACCGUCUGACCCUACCAUUCUGCACUUCAGUCCAUCCAGCAAUGGAUGUGGGUUUUGUUAAAGAGAAAGCAGAAAGUCUUUCUUUGAGAUCCCUGCACUCUUUCCCACUCACUUUCUCUUUCACUGAAGGAUAAUGAGUCCUGAAAAAGGUUUCAGAGAUUCUGGGCAGAGGAUUCUAAUUCCUUCCCUUCCUGGCUGUCCUUACCAUUACAAGGACUUGUUUGGGGUUUCUAGAUCUUUGGGGGCUUCUCAGGAAAUUGGACACAGUAAAAAGGGGAUAUAUCUUGUUGGGGCCAUGGGAAGCAGAUGUUUGUGGUAUUUCUGAUCUCUCUUCCCUUCACUUCCCAUAAGUGGAUGGAAUGGCCUGGUCCUGCUAGACCUCCUGUCCACCAGAACCCUUGGACAGCCAUCCCUGAAGUUCUUUGGCCAGGUCAGUUUGGGUCUUUGCAAUGGCAGUUGAUCCUGGAUGGUGAAACAUUUGUUUCUAAUUCUUUUGUUUAUCACAUAGGCCUCUUUGGUCAGUACUGGCACAACUGAAGCAAAUAAUCAUCAGGGCAGGCACAGUCAUAGGAAUAAAAUUGAUGGUACCCAGUAGAUUACCAUCCUAAAAACUCUCUAGAGAAGCCAAUGCUUACAAUAUGACAAGAAGGUGGGGGGCAUUAUGUGAAUGAAAUGGGCCUGUCACAUGGGCAUAUCAUUCCAGAAAAUAGUUCCUCCUAAGUUCAUAUGACCAUCCAAAUCAACUGUGAUUUCCAGUUCUAUCAAUGAGAUACCUGAGAUAACUUGAACAUAUUUCUUCUGCAAACAGAGAGGCUGGCUAAAAUAUAACAUUUUUUUGAAAUGCAAAAUUAAUUUGUAGUAAAGAAGGAACUGCCAGGAGCCGGAAAAAGGAAACUGAAAACUAAAAUGGUAAGGACUGGGAUAAAGUGUGUGAAUGGAUUGUUGGGACUUGAGAAUUAAUGUCCAAGCAAGUAUGAGAAAUAAGACAUUGAUCCAUGCCAGAUAGGAAGUUGGAAAUCAGACUCCCUGCAUAAAGAUGGUACCCUAAAGAUUUCAUCCUUAUGAAGAGUUAAGCUAUAAAAAGUUCCCUCACUGGUACAGAGAAAAAGGAAUUUUUACAGAAAUGCAAGGGAACAAGUUCCGUGAGAGUAUGCAACCAUGAUUUGAGAUUCAAACUUACACUGUGUGGGCCACAAACCACCAGGCUGAGAAAUUAGCAUGAAAAUUAUCCCCAGGCUAGGGAUAACCCUGAAAUACUUAGAAGAACCAAAUUAAAAAAUCUACUGUAUAUGCCCUUUCCUGAGCCAUUCCAACAGAAAAAGCUUGACUGUGGCAUGGUGGUACACACCUGUAAUCCCAGAUACUUAGGAGGUUGAAGCAGAAAGAUAACAACUUCCAGGUAAGCCUGGGAUACUUGAAAUAAAAUUGGGCUUCUGGUAUAGCUUAGUGGUAGAGUGCUUGGCUAGUAUGCACAAAGCCCUGGGUCCAAUCCCAGGAGUGAGGAAUGAACAUAUGUGUAUCAAAGCUUCAAAGAAUAAACACACAGAGAAACAAACUACCAUGUUGGAGGCACACUGAAAGUAGUGUCAGUCUUCAUGUAAAUUACUGGGAAAGAUAAUAUAUGUAUGUAUUAGAUGUUUUAAAUAAAGUAAAAAGAAAAAAGGCUAAAAAAAUUCUGAUUUUUUUUUUAAAAAGCAGAAAUACUAAGAAUGAAAAAAUGGCCUAUAAAUUAAAAUGACAAACUAGAAAUAGUAAAAGAGAGAAUUAGUAUCCUGGAAGUUAGAUAUGAGGAAAUUGCUGAGAAAGCAGCAUAGUGGAAAAUUGAAAGUGUGGAUAAGAGAUAUAGGUGGACAGAGGGAGAAGAUCCAGUAUAUAGUGGCAAUAGACCACUCAGUGAUCUCAUCCAGUCUUAUGGCUUUAAACAUCUCUAUUCCAACUCUAAAUUUUAUAUAUCUGGUCUAGACCACACUCCUAAACUCCAAAUUUAUAUAGCCAACUGCUAACUUGAUAUUCCCACUUGAAUGUGUAAUGGACAUCUACAAAUCAGUGUGUCCAAACAUGCAUGAAUGCCUGGGGUGUGGCUCAAUGGUACUUUUUUAGAGUGGUACAUUCUAGAGUACUUUUCUAGAAUGCACAAGGUCUUGGAUUUGAUCCCUAGCACUGCAAUAAAUAAUCCAGAAUGCAUAAUUGUCCCCCUAAACAUAUUCUACCCAUAAAACCCUUAUCUCAGGUCAGUUACUUAGGCUAAAAUCAUAAAUUUUGUACUUCACUUCCCUCUUUCUCUCACACUCCACAUUGAAUGUGUCAAGAAAUUCAACAGACUUCACCUUGUUGCUACAUUCAAAAGCUAACCACUUACCACUUCUGACCUACCUGAUCUAGGCCUUUAUCAUCUCUUGCAUCAGUUUCCUGUCUUCCAGCUUCCAGAGCAGCAGCCUGGUUGAUCCUUUUGAAAUAUGUUAGAUCACAUCACACUUCUCAAACUUUUAAUGACUCCCAAUUUUAAAAAAUUAUUUUUUUAGUUAUAGUUGGACACAAUACCUUUUAUUUAUUUAUUUUUAUGUGGUGCUGAGGAUUGAACCCAGGGCCUUGCACGUGCUAGAUGUACCACUGAGCCACAACCCAGCCCCAUGACUCCCUAUUUCUGUCAUGGUAAAAGCCAUGUUCUUUUUUUUAAAAAGUAUAUUUUUUAGGCGGUGCUGAGGAUCGAACUCAGGGCCUCACCCAUGCUAGGCAAGCGCUCUACAGCUGAGCCACAACCCCAACCCCCACCCCCAGCCAUGUUCUUAAAAUAGCUCACAAAGCCCUACAUUAUCUUGCCUGCUAUGACUCUCUGCCAUCAUCUUUUCUACUCUCCAUCUUGCUCACUUUAUUCCAGUCACAUUGGCCUCCUCUCUGUUCCUCAGACUGCCAGGCAGCUUCUGCCUCAAGGCCUUUGCAAUAGCUAUUCUCUCUUCCUGAAACAUUCUACCUCCAGAUAUCCAUGUGACACAGUGUCUCACUUCAAGUGUUUGCCUACAUGUCACCUUUUGUAGCAGAUGCGAUCAUGCCUUGACCACAAUCCCUUACAUUUGCCAUGUCUGCUAAAGGUUUCCUACUGAAAGCAUCUACAAUUUUCUAUAAGAAGGUUUUCUAAACAUGAGUGCUCACUUGCUUCAGGGUAGGCCCAAAUAUCAGGAAGUUAACACCGUUAGGAGCACCCUUCAACUACUAACCCUUGCUUAGGAGUCAAUGGAGGAGUCCCCCUACCUCCUAUCCCCUUGGGUGGGCCAACUCUGAGGCAUUUCUCCAGUAUUUCCCAGGACUUUACAGUAUAAAUCCAAACUCACACACAAAUAGAGCCAAAGGAAAAAAAAUAGUUGAUAUAUUGUUAGUAGGAUUGUCAAGGAAAUAACAUCUUAAAAUACUUAAAAAUAGUCAUUUUAAAAUGUUAAAUAUCAUUAAUAAUAUAUUUCAUAAUCAUACAAUGAAAAGGAUAAGGUUGACAGAGUAUGGCACCCAAGGUUUCUUUCUAAAGGUCUGAUGUUCAAGGUGACAUGAAUUCUGGAGAGAUUUCCCUCUGUUCUACUAUCUAAAACUCUCGAGAUAUUAAGGUGGGACAUGAAUUCUGGAGAGCCCCUCUCUGUUCCACUGUCUUUAAUCUAAAGGGCUCAGAUAACUCUGUUGCUAUUUCUUCCAUCAUCAAAUGGAGGUUCCAACCCACCAGCUGGACCUAGAGAGUAUUACUGUGAACUUGACUUGUAGUCAUUGUACCAUAAUUUUCUGAAGCAUUACAAAAUUGGGGUAGAGCAUGGGCUUUGGGACAAAGACAUUGGAGUUUAGAUAGGGACUCUAUAUCUUACAUGGGACCUUGGGUGAGUUGUCCAAAUUCUCUGCCUAAUUUCUGGUAAAAAAAUCAUGGGGCUGGGCAAUGGUGGUGCACACCUGGGAUCCUAGCAGCUUGGGGGCGCUGGGGUUGUGGCUCAGUGGUAGAGCGCUUGCCUAGCAUGGGCGAGGUCUUGGGUUUGAUCCCCAGCACCACAUAAAAUAAAUUAAUUAAAGAUAUUUUAAAACAGUCUUAGCAGCUCGGGAGGCUGAGGCAGGAGGAUAGAGAGUUCAAAGCCAGCCUCAGCAAAAGUGAGGUGCUAAGCAACUCAGUAAGACCCCCUGUCUCUAAAUAUAAUACAAAAUAGGGACUGGGGAUAUGGCUUAAUGAUUGAGUGCCCUGAGUUCAAUCCUUGGUACCCGCCCCCCCCCCAAAAAAAAAAGCAUGGGGCUCUGUGAAGUGAAGGAAUUAAUUUACAUCAAAUUCAUAGUGGGUCUCCUCAACCAACUGUAAUAGCCAUGACAGUAACAAUAACAAAAUGCGAAUGAGGGCUGGGGCUGGGGCUCCAGCGGUAGAGUGCUCACCUAGCAUGUGUGAGGCCCUGGGUUCAAUCCUCAGCACCACAUGAAAAUAAAUAAAUAAAAUAAAGGUAUAAAAAAAGAAAAGAAAAUGUGAAUGUGCCCAGCAUUAAUGUCAGAUAGGUGGUGAGCUCAAAUGCAUACAACACACAUCACCUAAAUCAAUAUUCAGCUUCAAUUUCCACCUCACCAAAUGGAUUUGGGACCUGGAAAGGCAGCAUUUGGGCUGACAUUAUCUCUUUCCAAUUAAUGCUCACUGUGAUGACUCUUUAGGACCAAAAGGUAACUUUAAUAGAGUGAAGUAGCUGUUAAAAAUGUGCUCAGUGCUAUCCUGGACAGUGUUAAUAGUUGUCCUGGAUCAGGGAAGCAAUAGUUCACUUUUCUGGUUACACUUAGAAUGUCCUAACAGGGUGUGGAGGCAAUGUGGACACAUACUCCAGGGGAAGGUGACCCUGCAGCACAGGAGGCUCUGAAAACUGUCUAGCAAGGAAUAUUCACAGAAACUAGGGACAUUCGAUCUGAGAUGAAAAAUCCAAAGGGUUUUUUUUGUCAUUUCAGGAGAAAAAAAUGGGAGUUUUCCAACCCUGGAAUAGAUGGUCUUGCAGCAAACUGGGCUCCCAGAUUCUGGAGGAUGCAACUUGUGUCUUGGCAGCCCCAGUCAAAGCUCAUGAAAGAGGAACUCUCAAACCAGGAGGAAAGGGCUUGAAUGCCUCUAUGUUCCUUCAAAAUCUAAAUUUUGUGAUUCUGUAUAUGUGUUUCUAAAGUCUGACAUAAAACCAGGAUCUACUAAACUAUUGAGGGACAUUAGCGAGAGGGAUAUUAUGGUGCUUAGUUGUUUGCAAUUCUUUCAAUCUUUUCAUCUGAACUUUGUGACCAUCUGUUUGGCCAUUCUAAUAUUAGUAAAGAUGUCUAAUUAGCCAUAAUAGGGUUCAUGGUCUCCAGCCAAUGCCACUCUCCUAAAAAAGUACCGGUGGCAAGAGAAGGGUUAAGAUGUUCAGCCAUCCUGUGAUCCUGGGCAUUUGGGCUUCUAGAUCAAUUCCCUCUCCCCAUCACUCACCUAUACACAUACAUAUAAUUAAAAAAGAAUUCAAGGGCAUGUUCUUACACCAAACCUUAUCUGAAGAUUGGACUCUGAAUACAGAAAAAAAAAAAAAAAAAACACGUGUUGUGUGUAUGCACAAGAAAAAAAAAAAAGCAAAGAAAAAGGGAAGGAGACCCAUGCUUUGCGUAUAACUCCCAUGCUGUGAUUUCCCCCUGUGCACACUAAUUUGUAUACCUUUUUCCAUAUUUUAAAAAAAGGUGCAUUUUUGAGCUCUGACAGCUGUUCUUAACCCUGGUAUACAUAUCAUAAUCAUGCAAGUUGCUUUUGUAAGAUCCUCAUGCCUCAGCCACAUCCUAGACCAAUUAAACCUGGGACCUGGGCAUCAAUGUUUUUUAGAGCUUCCCUAGUGGCUCUAAUGGGCAGACUGAACUGAGAUCCCCUGGUAGAAGAAGACCUAGACAUUUGUUUGUUUCAUGAAUUAAUAUGAUUAUGCUAAUUAAUCUUAAAUACACAUCACAUUUCUCUCAGAAACAAGCACAGAAAUUUCUCUACUGAUAAAUGUUCAAUUCACAAACUUCCAUAGUUUGAUUAUGAAACUCUGAAUAUUCCUUGUUGAUAACUGAGCACUUGAAUGCUUUACACACUCCAUAGUUGAUUCUUUCAGUCAAGACUGAGAGACAUUGUUAUAAGUGUUCAAUAAACAUUUAGAAGAAUGGGUGUAGGUGAUUGGAUGUGGCACAGUGGGAGUUCUUUAUUUAAAAGGUUCAUGGACCUUUAUUUUUUAUUUUUCUUUUAAUAUUUUAUUAGCUAUAGAUGCAACCCCAGCACAGUGGGGAUUCUUUUUUUUUUUUUUAGUUGUAGAUGGACACAAUACCUUUAUUUUAUUUAUUUAUUUUUAUGUGGUACUGAGGAUCGAACCCCAUGCCUCGCAUAUGCUAGGAAAGUACUCUACCUGAGCUACAACCCCAGUACCAGUUGGGGUUCUUAACCUAGGUAAUAUUGACAUUUUAAGUCACUUAAUUGUUGUUGGGGCUGUCCAGUAUAAUGUAGGACACUUAACAGUUCUUCUGACCUUUAUCUCAAAGAUGCCAGUAACAUCCCCCAUUAUGAUACCCUAACAGUGUCUCCAGACAUUUUUAUAUGGCCCCUGGGUGCUAUAAGUGCCCCAUGGUUGAGAACCCCUUGAGUAGAUUAAUGAAUGGGUACACAGAUGAAUGAAUGCAUGCAUGCAUGCAUGCAUGCAUGGAUAGAUACAUGGAUGGAUGGGUGAAUGAAAGGGUAGAUGGAUGAAUGAUCAGGACUCAUAAACCUAAAUGCAUGUCUUUGUUUUUGAAGGUUUGACUCCGAAAACAUUCUUUCCUCUUUGUCCAUAAAGUACCAUAGGAAAGCAAAUAUUUGGCACAUCAAGUAAUUGGAAGAAUACCAAAGGACUGAAUUUGAAGUUUCAGACAUUGAUAUCAUUUGCCAAUGUAAAACUAAAUUCUAAAGCUGAUCCAGGAAAAGACUUGUUAAAUAUAGCUGACCUAAAAUAAAACUGUUUAUGAGGGAAAAGUGAA